UUAUUCGCAGCCAUUUUACAAUUCACUGUUAGUCAGGAAAGAACUUUUGAGAUUCCCUUUAUUUUCCCGAUAGAAUGACUUUAUUUCAUUUCGGAAAUUGUGUGGCUUUAGCGUACUUUCCUUAUUUUAUUGUCUACAAGUGUUCUGGACUGUCAGAGUACAGUGCAUUUUGGAGAUGUGUGAAGGCAGGGGCUGCGUACCUCGUAACACAACUUUGUAAGAUGUUGGUAUUAGCAACUUUCUUUCCCACAUCAGAUGUUUCUGCAGGUCAUAUCGACUUUAUAGGGGAAUUUCUUAGAUCCACAGUUGACUUUGCAGAUCUUGUUGGCCUUCAUUUAGUUAUGACUAAAAUUGCUGGCAAAGGUGAAUUGAAGGUUUUAGUGGCUGGUGUUGGUUGGGCUACAGCUGAGCUUGUGAUGACUCGUCUCCUUCCCUUGUGGGUCGGUGCAAGAGGGGUUGAAUUUGACUGGAAAUACAUACAAAUGAGUUUUGAUGCUAACGUCAGCUUGAUUCAGCAUAUAUCUACAGCAGCUCUUGUGUGGUUAUGGAGCAGGACAGAUCUGCAGAAAUCCUUCCUGCCAAUAGUUAUGGUUUUCAUGUCUCUAACAUGCUAUAGGCCUCUUCUUAUUGAUGUUUUGAGCCAUGUAAUGGGAAUCCAAUCCUGGAGCUUGCUGCUAUUAAAAACAACUUUCACCUCCUGCAUUGGACUUGUUGCACUUCAACUGUACCUGACACUAACUGCUGGGAAACAGAUCAGGACUUAAAGAGCUUCUAUGUACAGUCAAUCCUUAAAUAAGUGCCGAUCCUAUCAACCAUGUCAUAUAAUAUAUUCUACAAAAAUAACCAAACAGUGAAAUGGUCUCAAAUUUUUGUUUCACUGACACAAUUGUGUUCUUUGAUGAAUCCUAUCAAGGCCUUAGAUUUGUCACACAUAAUCAGUAAGGGAGCAAUCCAAAUUAUUUCCAGAUGUGAGGCACUAUUUCAUCAUUCUCUAUGGACUGAAUUCAGUUACAUCUUAACAUGUCUUUCAUCUAGAUUUGAAUCUGUCCAUUAUUUUAAGGCCACAAAUGAGUUAGAAACAAGUGACAAAAGGUGGCCAAAAAGGUCAUUCAGCCUUUUGAUCCUGUAUUUCAGUUCUCUUUUAAAUUAAGGUACCCAUGUUGCUUAAUCAAAGAGUUGUAGUUACUGUUACUUGUAUUUAUUGAAACAUUUCAAAUGCAUAAGUCAGCAUAACACCAAAUGCAUUUAAUAUCAGGAGUUAUCACAACUGUGAAUUCAGCUUCUUUAAUUAGGCCAGUUACAGGUGUAAUAUUCUAGUGUUCUUAAGAUACUUAUUUUCUUGUUUCUCAUGUGGAAACUGGACAUUGCUUAUUUCUAUUAAAUAACCUCUACCACUCCA